UGGAUAUUUUUAGGACAACAGUCUCACAGUUUUGUUUUUCUUGCCAGAAUUUAUUUUUUCUCGCCAAACAUGCAAAUGUUCCUAUUAGAUAACCAUAUUUGAAAACUUUUAUGAACCAUUUGGAUCCGAAACAUUGUAAAGUGGCAACGUUCCUGUUAUUGGCUGGAUCUGAAACGGCUUCUUGUAUUUUGUAAAUUUAGUGGAUCAGCAGGAGUAAACUCUAAAACAAGAAGAGAGCAGCUGCAAGGAACAUUUCCAUUUCGAGAGCAUCGGGUGAUCGAUUCCAAGGAACGAACAUUGCUACAUGUUACCACUAACUGCCCUCUGUGUCUUGUUAAAAAUGUGACUCUUUUCCUGAGGAAAACAUACUCCAUUUUCAUUGUCAAGUGCGAUGUGUGUCUCUCAAUGUGAGGAGUUCUCCUGCUGUCUGUAGAGGAUUGUUUGGCUGGUGUUGAGGUGCUGAGACUCACUUAAACAACAGAAUAAGUAAUGCUAAUAAGUUGCUGAGGUUACUCCAGGUCAUUUCAGAGUGUGGCCUGGUGAAGCUGGACUGGAGGUCAGCACAUAUGCUGUGAAGCUUUGCACCACUGUCAGGAGCUGAAACAAUAAGUGGCAAAGUCUCCACAACUGGACAAGAGCGAUGGAAAUCCUUAGUUUUGAGGCGGAGACUGAUUGGCUGUACGACUGGGAGGCAGUCCAACAGCCCGAAGUGCCCCCGUGUGAUUGGACGGACUGGGACUUAGAUUUCGAGAGCGUUCCUGCUGUUUUGAGCCCCACAUACAAACAGCGAAAUGAAGACUUCAGGAAGCUCUUUAAGCAGCUGCCCGACACAGAGCGCCUCAUUGUGGACUACUCCUGUGCCCUGCAGAGAGAUAUCCUCCUGCAGGGUCGCCUCUACCUCUCCGAAAACUGGAUCUGUUUCUAUAGCAACAUAUUCCGCUGGGAAACACUGCUGACUGUGAGGUUGAAAGAUGUUUGCUCCAUGACGAAAGAGAAGACGGCUAGACUCAUUCCCAAUGCCAUCCAGCUGUGUACAGACAGUGAAAAGCACUUUUUUACCUCAUUCGGGGCAAGAGAUCGGACAUACAUGAUGAUGUUUAGACUCUGGCAAAAUGCUCUUCUGGACAAGCCAUUGUGUCCCAAAGAGCUGUGGCACUUUGUCCAUCAGUGUUAUGGGAAUGAACUGGGUCUAACCAGUGAUGAUGAGGAUUACGUACCUCCUGAUGACGACUUCAACACCAUGGGGUACUGUGAGGAGAUUCCCGCUGAAGACAACGAGGCCAAUGACAACUGCCCUAAAACCCCAGACGCCAAAAUGGACAUCAGCCCCCAGCUCCACAGGAAGGUUUUCCCCAACAGCAGUCUGAACUCCACGGACAGCACAGACGCUCCGGUCAAUUUUGACGUGCCCCCAGUGGAGGACUUCAGUGGCUGCGUCCCAGAAGACCUCGUACCCCUGCCAUUACCUGACAACAAGCUGUCAGAGACCAGUGGCUCCGCACAUGCCCCCGUCCCCAUCCCCGUCCCCGUCCCCUCACCUUCCCUUGACUUCAAUGACAAUGAGGACCUCCCCACUGAACUCAGCGACUCCUCAGAAACACACGAUGAGGCAGGGGAAGUGCAAGCCUUCCAGGAAGAUCUGAAUGGGAAACUGUACAUUAAUGAAGUAUAUAUGUUCAGUGUGGAUAAACUGUAUGACAUCCUCUUCACUGAAUCCCAGUUCAUGAGAGAGUUUCUGGAGCAGAGACGCUUCUCAGAUGUGGUCUAUAACCCAUGGAGGAAAGAAGACACUGGUAAUCAGAGCAGAGAGAUCAUGUACACCAUCUCCCUCUCCAACCCACUGGCCCCAAAGACGGCCACAGUUACAGAGACGCAGACUCUGCACAAGGCCAGUCAAGUGAGCGAGUGCUACAUCAUCGACGCUGAGGUGAUUGCUCACGAUGUCCCGUAUCACGAUUACUUUUACACCCUCAACCGCUAUAUGCUCACUAGAGUCGCCAAGAACAAGUGCCGCCUGAGGGUGUCAGCUGAACUACGCUACAGGAAGCAGCCAUGGGGAUUGGUCAAGGGCUUCAUUGAGCGAAACUUCUGGAGUGGCUUGGAUGAAUAUUUUAGAUAUUUAGAGCUGGAGUUGAGUAAGGCACAGCUGGUGCUAUCUGAACCUCACAAACAGUCUCCCAAGUCCAAAGCCCUACGCACAGCUACAGUGAGACGGAGGAAACGGCCGCUGACGCACAUUAGGCAGCAGCACCUGGACGAGGCGCUCAGUCCCGUCACCACACCUGAGGAUGAGAACAGUGUCAUCCAUCGCAUCAAACACGUGGCAGGAUCCACACAGACCAGACACAUCCCGGACCACGGAUCUGAAGGCCUGGCUCUCUACAGCGUUUCCAAACUUCUGCUUAUAAUCAGCUCUGUGAUUUGUGUAAGUCUGGUGCUACUGGUAUUUUUGAACAUGAUGCUGUUUUAUAAGCUAUGGAUGCUGGAAUACACGGCUCAGAGUUUGACCGGCUGGCAGGGUCUCAGGUCUCAAAGUAAACUUCCACAGACACAGAUUGAAUGGGCUCAACUUUUGGAAUCUCAGCAGCGUUACCAUGAAAACGAGCUGGAAAAAUGGCGGGAAAUAAUAAAGUCAUCUGUGCUGUUAUUGGAUGAGAUGAGAGAGUCUCUAAUGAAGCUCCAGAAAGGUAUGGGGUUGAGAGACUACGAUUCAGACAGUGAAGAAAGGCGAAGUCACUAUCACUGAGUCCCGGCUCAGCCAAUGUAAUGAACAUCUCCACAUGUAAGCGACCCGAUGUGCUGGGCCGGGGAACUGACUGAACGGCUCUCACGGUCCGGCUGCAGCGCUGUGAGGCCUUUCUGACAACAGACACUGAUAGAAACCCAGUACUGCAAUUUCUCUGUCUUCUCUGCGAUGAAAGAGCUGAAAAAAAUGAAGGAAUGCAGUCCCGUGAUCGUGGAACCGGUCUGUUCACCCAGGGCUAAAACAAACGCACCAAAACAAUUCAACUGUCUCUUCAAAACAGACACAGACUCUGGUUUAAACACUUGAGCGGAUGUUGGAACUCGGCAGCAUCACUUUUUUAAACCUUUUGGAGUCUGGGACCAGAUAAAGAAAAUAUGGAGUUACUAUCAGCAAAUGUUGCGUGGACAUGUACACAUUUAUUUAUAAAAACAAAAUAUGGAAUUGAAUCAUAUUAUGAUACACAUGAAAAUAUAUCAUUUCUAUGUAGAGCUAUAUUUGUUGCCAGAGUUCAUUUGUAACAGGCUUCCAUGGAGAAUCAAGGCUGGUUCCUUGAUAGCUUGCGCCAUGGUGCAUCAACUAUAUGCAACUGGUAUAUCCUCCCCUGUUUGGAGGACUGACUUCCUCCGAUUGGUUGAUUUGCAAUGGCAAAAGAGCCAUGGUCUCUAACAUUCUACUAAGCGUCAUCGGCUGCAUUCCAGUUUCCAUGCUACUGCACAAUAAAAGUACAUACUUGGAAAAAGUACAUACUUUUAGGCAUAUAGUUUGGACACGGUUAAGCCACAAGUAUACUUUUUCCAUGUUCCGAUCCAUUUUGCCUUUCAAAGUAUACUUCAGUUUUCAUGAAUGGCCAAAUCACUUGCACAUUCACUGACAGAUGAUUUUUCAGUCUUCGCCAGUUUAAUGUGCAGAGUAAACUAUAGGAAAAUACUGUGCACAUUUAACAUCAAACCGAACAGGAAAACUCAAUUUUUAAAAAAAGAAAGAGUUGAACUGAAAGAGUUGACUAUAGGGCCUUUCGC